AUGGCGAUCUUUGUUAGUAAGAGGUUACUAAGAUUUGGCCUGUUGGCUGCUCUUUGCUUGGGUUUAGUCCUAUUCUUGACGAAGUCUACUGAAGUCGGUGAAGCGUCUGUUUUGAAUGGAGUUCUUCCAGAUUUACCCCAAUGGAGUACUUCUAGUCUAUUUGGUGGAAGUCAAAUAGAUACUUUGACUGCAGAAGAAAAAGAAGCUGAGAAGCUGAGACAACAAGCUGAUGAGGCAUUGGCAGCUAUUCAUGCUGAUCCUAACUCUCUUCCGAUCGAUGAACAACAUCUAGAUGAAGCAGCCAAAGCUUUGAAGGAUAGCUCCCAGGAAUUGGGUGAGAAGGAAAAGGAAAAGGCAAUGAAUGAUCCUGCUGCCGCUGGCUCGAAGCCAGAAGCUGUUAGCCCUGUGAUCGAUCCAGCUAGAGAUAUGGAAUCAGAUCCCGCAAAUAAUGCUAAGGCUUUGGGGGCUACCUUGGAUUUCAUGGCGCCAUCUUAUGCUACUAAAGGCCAAAGACCAAAAGCUGCCUUUGUCGUUCUGGUUAGAAACAGUGAAUUGAGCGAAAUCCUACCAUCCAUCAAGAACGUUGAAGCCAAGUUUAACAAGCAAUUCAAAUAUCCAUGGGUGUUUUUCAAUGAAGAGCCUUUCACCGAUGUCUUUAAAGAGAAGGUCAGGAUGGCGAUCAGUUCUGAGGCUGAAUUUGGAUUGAUUCCAAAAGAACAUUGGUCCUACCCAGCGGAUAUUGACCAAGAGAAGGCAGCUGCCUCAAGAGCAAAGAUGCAGGAAGAAGGUGUCAUCUACGGUGCAUUGGAGUCUUAUAGACAUAUGUGCCGUUUCCAAUCUGGAUUCUUUUGGAGAGAGAAGCUCUUGGAGAAGUACGAUUGGUACUGGAGAGUCGAACCAAACACCAAGCUUUACUGUGAUAUCAAUUACGAUGUCUUUCAAUGGAUGCAGGACAAUGAAAAGACCUACGGGUUCACAAUCACAAUUCAUGAGUAUGAGAGAACUAUUCAAACGUUGUGGUCCACAGUUAAAUCGUUCUUGAAGGAGAACCCAAGUGUUGUGAACAAAAAGAAUUUGAUGAAGUUCAUUUCAAAUGACAAGGGAAAAACCUACAAUCUAUGUCAUUUCUGGUCGAACUUUGAGAUCGCCAAUUUGAACUUUUGGAGAUCUCCUGCUUAUAGAGCAUUCUUUGACUAUUUGGACAAAUCUGGUGGGUUUUUUUACGAGAGAUGGGGUGACGCUCCUGUUCAUUCUAUCGCUGCUUCAUUGUUCCUACCCAAGGAUAAGAUUCAUUACUUCUCGGACAUUGGCUACCACCAUAACCCAUAUGAUAACUGUCCCUUAGAUAACAACGUAUUCUCGUCAAACAACUGUGAAUGUGAUCAAGGCAACGAUUUUACAUUCCAAGGUUACGCAUGUGGUGUGGAAUACUACGACGCUCAAGGUUUGACCAAACCUCAAGGCUGGCAGAAGUUCCGUCAGUAA